AUGUUUGCAGCUUUGCGUACAAAUCCAUCAGAUGGAGAUAUGAUUACUACUGAGGCUUCUAACAUCCCUGUUUCUACAUGUGCAGCAACUACUCUCCCAGGCUCUGUGAUAGGUGGUGUUACUGAGGAAGAUAACUACUUGACAUGGCAUUUGAUGGGUGAAUAUACCGGUCCAGUUGAAUCUGUACUACCACGUGAAUUCAGGCAAAGACUUCAUAAGCAUUUUGCGAGAAUUGAGCGUGAAUUCGAAAGAGAAUAUCGAAGGUUAUAUAGUGAGAACUUAGCAUUGCAAGAGCGUUUGGAAAAAUUUGAAGAUGGUGAUCAUUCGGAAACGAUAACUUUAGUGAAAAAAUUGGGUGCAAGUAUGCUAUCACAACGUAUCAAACAACAAUAUAAACAAUCUACAUCGCGUUUAGUCUCAAGUCUUCGUCAGUCUACUGGUCACUCUUCAAGUAAUAUGAGUCAAGGAUAUACACAUUGUGUUUCUCAGCAGGGAACACCAAUCACAUCAACAGGUGUUGGUGUAACUUCAAAUAGUCUUUCUACAGCAGUCAAUACCUCUUUGAAUUAUACUGGAAAUAUCACUUCAUCGAAUACAAAUACAUCCGGACAUGGAACAGCUGUUUUUGCUGGUACUUUUCCCGGACAUAAUGGUAGUUUUCAACUGAUGAGCCGAAUAGCUGGACAUCGAGAUGGAAUUUGGGAAGUCACAUCAUUUAGACGGUUUAUUGCUACAGCAUCAGCGGAUAACACUGCUCGAUUAUGGAUUAAUGAUGCCCAGUUGAAUUGUUUACUGGUUUAUGUAGGUCAUUCAGGUUCAGUAAACUCUGUCCGAUUUCGAAAUAAAGACAGUUUAAUGUUAACUUCUAGUGGUGAUGGAGCUGCACACCUGAUUCGUUUACCCUUCGAUCUUAUUUCUAAAGCAGCAUCUUCACUUACUGCAGGUAAUUCAUCUGGAGCUACACUGGAUGCUGUUGCAUCAGCUCUUGCUGCAGAAGUUGCUGGAACAGGUACUAUGGGUUUGGGUAUUAGUACUGGUUCAGCAGCCGUUAACAAACCUGGACUUGAAUCAGCUUACAUAAACGACUUUGACGAAACUGCGAACUUACCAGUUGGUCCUGCAGAAGAAGGUUCUCCAGUUCGUGUUGCAGCUGUUCCACCGAUUACGGUUCGUCAUCCUCAUGCAAUAUUUCAAUCUGCUAAUUUAUAUCUUUCCCCGUCUGGUGCAGUAUGGAAUUCUGUUGGGGCGUCUGGUUGCAAUGCUAUUGAUUCAUCUCCUUUGUCUGCUGCAGAUUUUGUUUCUGGGCGAGAACAAUUAGUAACAGCAUCAUGGGAUCGUUUAGGUAGAACAUACGAUCUUGCAACUGGCCAAGAGUUAGACUCUCUUACUGGACAUGAUGACUAUCUAACAGAUGUACGCUGUGAACCAAGUGGAUCUGCUGUUGUUGUCACCUCUUCAAGAGACUGUACAUUUCGUUUAUGGGAUUUCCGUCAACCAGGAAUGCGCGUCCAUGUACAACAAGCUCACAGCCAAACUGUUUCAACCACUCAGUUUCUGACACCUGGUUCUCCUGAACGUCUCAUCAGUGCUGGAGCUGAUAAAUUCUGUCGUCUUUGGGAUUUAAGACAAAGUCGUGUUCCUGUUGUGAGUAUCAGAACUGAUGCAGCAAUUAAUCGAUUAUCAUUAUCUGGUUAUGGCUUAAAUUUAUCAAACCAACCAACAGAAUCUAAUAUUCCUAUUUCAUCACCUGGAGCAACUGGUUCUUCAAACGAUGCACAAUAUGCUUCUUCUGUUCCAUCACAAGCACCUCAGCAUGGAUCUUCAUUGGUCACUUCAUUUUCUAACUCUUGGACUUCCAAUUUUCCCAAGUAUAUUGCCCUGCCGCUUGUUAAUCGAGGCAUAAAGUUGUUCGAUGUGAAUGGCAAUCGAAUCGGCCGGCUAACCAGAUCAUCACAUGGUCACUCUCGUAUGGUAACCUGCGUCUCUUGGGCAAAUGAAGGUGUGCACAACUUUUUCUCAACUGGUUUUGAUGGUCUACUGUUGGCUUGGCAAAUUCAUAUUGCAAAUAUUUAA